AUGCUAUUAUUAUUAAUAUUAAAAAUAUCGAUUUUACUCCUAACAACUCUAACUCAAUGCUCGCAAAAUCUCGAAACCAAAGAAUCAUGUCGAAGUGUCAUCGAUAAUGUGGCACGUGGCAGUCAGGGAUGUCAAUGUUUAUGGAUUCGAACGGAGAAGGGAAAACGACUGGAGUGUUGUUGUGUGGGAGAAAAAGUGGAGAGCUUGAAGUUUGUCAAUGUUACUGUUAGCUUUUUGUGAGUUGAGGAUAGAAUUUUGCUGAAAGUGUGUGUACACGUGAUUUCAGAUAUUUGCUUCGAACCAAUAUUUCUGAUAUAGAUGAGGAUUAUUUCAAAGAUUAUAGGCAUCUGCAGAAAUUGUGAGUUUUCUAUCUCAACUCAGCUUGAUUAUAAACCAAGCGAACUAUUUUUCCCAGAGAAAUCGAUGAUCACCCAAACCUCCAUCACUUUGACUAUCACUCGGUCUCAAAUGCCACCUACCUUCGGAAACUUGUUGUCACCAGAUGCCCCAAGCUCACCGAAGUGUCCGGAAAAAUUUUCGAGAAUCAUCGAGAGCUCAAAAUUGUGUAAGUUAUCCUCCUAACUUCCAGUUACAAGAUAUCACUAUCCACACAUUUCCAGAAACUUCUCUCAUAACAAUUUGCAAACCAUGCCAUCAUUUCGAAUGUUGACAACAUAUUCCGAAGCUGAUUACAUAGAUAUGUCUCAUAAUCGUAUCAAAUUUAUUCGAGAGAAGAACUUCCGCGGGAUAAAUGCUCGAGUGAUAAAUUUGAGCAACAAUAAUUUGAAAGAUAUUGUUUCCUAUGCAUUUUUGGAGAGCAAGAUUAGUUCGCUAGACAUUUCGGAAAACCCGAACCUCGAUAGUUUAUCAGUUGAUGCUUUCAAGAAUAUUGGACACAUUAAGAAACUCGAUAUGUCAAGAACAGCUAUCAAAGCGUUGCCAACUGCAGGUCUUCAUAAUAUGACGAAACUUGUGCUGAAAAACGUGGAAACUUUGAAAACUAUGCCUGAAUCGAAGAAUUUUCCGAAUCUGCGGGAGGCUGAUUUCACCUAUCCACAUCAUUGUUGUUUAUUCGAAUAUUUUGAGAAGACAGUGAAGGUGCAACAUCGACAUUGUGAGAAUCUAACGAGGGCACCGAUGAAAUUGGUCGAAACACCGAAGAAGCCGAUGUUUUUGCCAGAUGACUCGUAUGAGGAUUCAGGGGAGGAUGACAAUAUGACUGGAAUUAUUGUUGGGAAUGAGGAGGUGGAUAGACCUGGUAAGAAAUAGAUAUUUUUCGCUUUGAAAAUGUGUGAAAAACAAAAAUUUCAAAAAAAAAAAAGCUUUCAAAUGUGUGGCCGUGGCCGAGAAAUCCACACACCUGUGUAGUUCUCUCGGACAAAUAUUGAUUUUUUCCGAAAAUUUUUUUCCUGUUUUUUGACUGAAAAAAAAAACAUCCAGUAAGUAAAAUUCAAACUUUUUCAGCACAUGAAAAUCCCUACGCUGAAAGAUGUUUAAUGGCCACAGUCGAGGAGGUCCGUCAAAUUCAAACCAACAUCAAAUGCACACCAAAACCAGAUUUCAUCAAUCCAUGCGGUCGAAUCGUAGGCUACGAUUUCUUGCGUCCAGCAAUUUGGACUGUCUGCCUCGCCGCAAUCGUUGGCAACAUCUGCGUAUGGAUUAUGCUUGCGUUAGCCUAUGAGAGACGCAAGAGAAUGCAUUAUUUAUACAUGAUCAAUAUGUCAGUCGCUGAUAUGAUAACUGGAUUGUAUCUCGCUGUAUUGGCGAUUGCUGACAGUUCAAUGUCCCACGAGUAUUUUCGAAACGCUGUUUGGUGGCAAACCGGAUGGGGAUGUAAGAUCACCGGGUUUUUGGCCAUUUUUGGAAGCGAAUUGGGGAUUAUCAGUUUGUUUUUGAUUGCUUUCGAGAUUUCCUACAACACCAGGUACUUAGAUUUUAACAGAGAAAUUGUGAUUCAAUCAUAAAUUUCAGACAAUCCUUCUAUGGUCGUCACCUGAACACUCGCCUUGGAGUUUUGCUGAUGGUUGGAGGUUGGGUAUUCGCAUUCACCAUGGCAAUUCUCCCAUGGUUCGGUGUUUCAUCAUACUCAGAUAGCAGUGUGUGCCUUCCACUCCGUGCUUCCUCAAUAAUCGAUAAAAGUUACUUGAUCUUCGGGCUCAGCUUCAAUUUCCUGGCGUUUAUCGCAAUGGCAUUGUCGUAUGGUUUUAUCGUGAAAAUGUUGAAAGAAAAUGAGAGUCGGGAAGGAGAUCGAGCACUUAUCACAAAAAUGGCUCUCCUAGUUGCAACAGAUUUGAUUUGCUGGUUUCCAACGCUAUUUUUCGGAUUCACAGCGCUUAUUGGAUUCCCACUUCUCACCCUGAAAAACGCGAAAUUCGUUUUGGUAUUUUUCUUUCCAAUAAACGCAUUCGCCAACCCAUUUUUAUACGUGUUCUUCACCAAAGUGAUACAAAAUCGUGUGAAGACGAAAACGAUGCCGGUUAUUCGAAGAAUCACGACAAGUCCGAUUAAAGGCGUCAGCAGUUUGUCGAAUUUCUAUAAUUCGCAGCCGCCUGGAUCGCAUCGAGCUAGCCGAGACGAGCCGAUUAAUCGCAAUCAAUUGACGGUCACUCAGGUAGGCCAGGUACAGACAUUUUUCAUUUUUGAUGGUGAAUUUUGGGAUAUACAUAGACAGGGAAAGGAGUUGAGCUAAAAUCAACUUCAAAAUUCAAAUAUUCCAGAGCACCUCCCUCAACAGUACGCCACGUGGAUCUCGUGCAUCCGACGCAAUGCUCUACGAUUAUUCGCGCAGCAACACUCCACGAGUAUCGUUCGAAGUUCCCGUGAGUCCGACAGAAACCAAAUCGGAACGAAGGAAACGGAUAAGCCUGUUGAAGAGAAUGGUCUCAUCGAUACCGGAGAAUUCGGAUCUUUCGGAACAUUCGAGUGAAAGUCAUCAUGAACAUGUUCCGCAUCCUGGGAAUCGGGUGAGUUAUUUGAAAAAAAAAAAGUUUUUUGGGUGGUUGUGACGUGGCAAAUUCUGAUUUUUAGCUCCAAAUCAAAAAAAAAAUCCAAUUAACCCCAUUUUCUUUGCAGAUCCGCUCAUCUCUGACCCGAUUCUUCAACAGAAGUCGACAAAAUGGUUCGGAUUCCGGACGGGGAAGUCUAGCAUCAUCUGGGGUGAGUUGUUGUUUUCUUUCCUCAUAUUUUCACACCAAAAUUAAACGACAAAUAAAAAUAAACUAUCAAGUUUCAUCCAUUAGCAGCCAUUUUGACUGAAAAAUAUGUUUUUCCGUUGUUCUAGUCGCGUUUUUUUUCUAAUUAUACUCUCCUGAUGAAAAUUCCCAGUCGAAUCUAAUUUCAUUUUUUUGUUAGUCUCAGAGAGACAAUAAAAACAUGCAUGUUCUAGAAGAAGAAAAAGAGUGACAUAUUUAUUAUUAUUUUUUUCAUGUUUAGAAUUAUAUUGUGAGGGGAGAAGGAAGUUUUGGUUAUGAAUAGGAAAUUUGGAACUUACUUGUCUGGGUUUUGAGAUUUAUUGGUUUUUGAGGCCAAAAUUAUUUUUUUUUAAUUUCAAUUUUGAAAAUCCUGAUGUUCAAAUUUCAAAUUUUUUUUCGAAAUCCAAAAAAUCAUUUUUUCAAAAACAUCUGGAUUCUUUGAGAAUUUUCUCACAUUAUUUUUUCAAAAUUUAAAAUUCCCUCGUCAUUUUCAGAAAAAAAGUGAGUUCCAAAAAUUCAGAUCCUGCAAAUUUAAUCUUCUAACCCUUGUCUGACCUCUUGAUCUCUUCAACUCAACUCACAUGUCACCCUCAAAAAUUAGACUCCGCCCCCACUUUUCCCAAAACCAAAUAAUAUUAAUGUACAUUUCAGUUUGGCGAACGAGUUAGCCUAACAUCCAACACAUCCGACAUCUCGCCAACAACUUCACCAAGUCCCCAAAAUCCACCAAAACUCAUCCUACCGCCGCCCUCUGGAAAUACUAAUGGAGCUCGACGCAAAUCGACUCCAGCCAUUCCGCUUCUAGUCGUCUCUGAUUUUUGCUCAUAA